AUGGGUCGAGCAAAGAUUCCCAUAAAAUGGAUCCCCAAAGACACUUCAAGGAACGUAUCAUUUAUAAAGAGGAAGAGAGGAUUGAGAAAGAAGAUUGAGGAGCUGAGUAUUCUGUGUGGAGUGGAUGCUUGCAUGGUAUGCUAUGGGCCUCACUCUCACACAGACCAACACACAUCAUCAUCAUCUCCUGAUGUAUGGCCUGAUAUAUCCAAAGCUUUAGAGGUCAUUGACAGAUACAGAAGGCUGUCUAAGGAAGAGCAAGAUAAGAAGAAACUUGAUAACUCCACUUUCCUAGAACAGAGGAUUAAGAAACUCAGGUCUGAAUUGAAUUUGACAAGGAAGGAGAGCAAAGAUCUUGAGAUGGACAUCCUCUAUCCUUGUUGGGAUAACUGUCUGAACGAUCUGGGUGUGGAAAAGCUCAGAGAUUUAUUGGAGUAUAUAGACGUCAAGCUGGAAGCUGUACAGAGCAGAAUAAAUUUUCUUACAAGGCAACAGGAGCAUAAGACUUGUCAUGCUGGAAAUGAUAUAAUGGAUCAUGCUGAUAGGAAGCCAUUAUUAUAUCAUCCUUCAAACUCCCACAUGAUGAUGUAUCACAAUCACAAUCACAAUCACAAUCACAAUCUGUUGUUGUCCAUGCCCUACCAGAGCCAAGAGAGUUUAAGCUUAACAGCAGCUCAUGUCCAGCCCUACCUAAGCCUAGAAGAGCAGCAGUGCUACAAGAACCAUUUUGGAGCAACUUCUGCCAUUGAUUAUCAUGCUAAGGGAAAUCCCAUCAUUUUCACAGCUGUGAAGGACCCUCAGCCUCAUUCUCAGCAUACUGCUAAUUCCUUGGCCUUUGGCAGUAACUACAGUUCAACUUCAAACAAAGAUAAGGUGGAGAUAGCUGGCAUGGGCAUGGAUGACAGAAUUCUAGUUGAGAAUGCAGCCACUCAUGUAGUGACAAGAAAGAACCUCCCUUUUAUCUCUGAUCAUCAUGUCCACUCAGGCCACUGGACACCCUGCUGCACUGUAUUUUGCCCUUGUCCUGAACAUUACCAUGGUAAUAUGGGUUCUUCAUAUGGAUCACAAACUAUUCAAGAGUUGCAAGCCUCUGCUGAGCUUCAGUGGAUGGUACACAGCUUGAUGGAUGAACAAAACACUAAUUACAAGCAACUUGGAGGUGAGGGAAUGGGAAUUGAUUUAGCUCACACCAGCCCUGGAGCAGCAUCAUCAAGAAUCAAUGAGGAAUUCAACAUGGAAACUUAGCAAGGUUUUGUUUAAAUUUUCGUUUUAGAUUUGCUCCAUUCUCAUUCAAAGCUUUUUACCUUAUUGUUUUUACUAAUUUCUGUAAGUGGGUCAUCCUGAAACUCUUGGAGCCUUGCUCUUCACCAUGCGAAUUAAAAUACCAAAUUUUUAUUUGGCAAGUCGGAAUCUGUAAGGAUAUACAAAAGAUUAUGUAGCAUGUAUUGAGAAAGAGUUUCUCUAUUUGCAAAUGCUUUCACAUACAGUCGUCUCAGAAGAGUAAGCAGCUUAGCUGGUGCCUCCCCUAAAUA